GAACGUUGUUCCGUUUGCUUUGCAACGUUUAACUGUCAAAACGGGAUUUUGUUGAGGUAAUUAUUUAGGGAUCUCGGCAAUGCACAUAGUCUUCAAAAUUAUGUAGCUUUCUCACCGCGCAUAUAAGUUGGAGCACCGCGGUCGCGAGCAAGAGCAUUGCGAAUUUCAACUCGAUCCAACCCAGUUCCGUUUCUGUGAUUGACAUUUGUCAGUGGAAGCGGCAUAGAAUUAACACAUGGAGUUGUCUAAGGUGGCCAGGUUUGGGGCUGAGGGUGUUUUAUUACGUGUUUUUAGGUUCAUCAUAUCCUUGGGAAAAUGGAUAAACUGGAGGAAGCCUUAAAAGAAGCGCUGUCACGUAACUCUGAUGAAACAGGUCGCUGGGACAAAUAUAGAGAGGAACAAGAAAUUUGUAUCACUAAUCUAACACAGUUUGGGGAAGACCUUUCUGUGGAUGUGAUGGUACCGAUUGGUUCCAAAGCUUUUAUGCCAGGACAAAUAUACCACACAAAUGAAAUAUUAGUUAGCCAUUUUCAAGGAUUUUUUUCGAAAUGUUCCGCCAAGCAAGCAUUGGAGAUAGCCAAUCACCGGAUUAAUAUGGCCAGGGCUCGUUUAAAUUGUUUAGAAAAGGAAGCAGAGAUGUAUCAAAAUAAACUAGAAAAGCCAUAUAUAGAUGGCGCACUUGCUGGUUGCGAAGAAAAAGAAAUCAUCGAAGAAUAUGACGAAGAGAAGGAAAAUCUCUGGAGGGUACAGCAUAGACAAAAUUUACGUAGGGAGAAACUCAAAGAAUCUAGCGAAAAGGCUCAAAGAAAAGAAGAGAAGGCACAUGAAGAUGUUCUAAAACUACUUGAUGAGUUGGAGAUGAUAGAGGAAUUAGAAGAAGAACUGAAGAAAUUACAAAUAGAGGAUGAUGACACACUAAAAAAAAUGUUGUCUGGGAAAAUUCAAUUGCCAAGUGAAAGAAAGCGAAUAUCGCAUUAUGAAGCAAAUGACAACAUUGUUGUGGGCGAUUUGGCUGGGAAUACCAAAGUGCAAAAUGAUAAAUCCGACGAAAUCGCGCAUGAGGUAUACAACGAAGGGUUUGAUUUUACGAACAAUAACACCGUGCCGAACGAUGCCGAUUAUGCAUCUGAUGAAGGAUCAGAAGCUUCUUCAGUAGAGGAUAUGCCACGAUACAUUUUAGAAAUCGAAAUGGAAGCGAAAAGUUUAUCUGUUCCUCAAAAAAUUAAGUUUUUCAAAAGUAAACUUCAAGAACUAGAGUCUGAAUUACAUUCAAUCAAAGUUAAAUCACCAAGUGAUAUUGAUGAAAAAAUAGAUAAAAUGGAGUUGAAGGAUUAUUUAAUCGAUUAUAUAGAAUUACUGAGAGAUAAUCUAAAAAAUGAAAGCUUCGUAGGAGAAAAAAUUGUGAAAACAAAUGUUGAAGAAAAGAAAAAAAGGAUUUCGUUCGCUGAUCAAGAUGAAGUGCAGUUUAUUGAUAAGAAUCGGGCGGUGAAUGUUGUGACUCGAUCAAAAGUAGAUUUAUCUGAGGGAUCAUAUAAAAGCCUGAACUUGAAACCCCUCAAAACCCUCGAUUCGUCUCGUGAGUUAACAUCAUGUGCACCAAAUAGUCAGGAAUACAAGGCUGAAAACCAAAAUCUACAGGAUUGUAAUCUUAUUGACAAAAUACUUGGAUUGACGGAAGCGCAAUCUUUCACCUUUUUCAUAGAAAAUUAUCAUUCUGAUAAUUAUUUUGUACAUGCUGAUCACGAAAUCGAUAACUACAAAAAAAGCGGAGUAAUUGGGAGCCCAGCGGACAUUUAUAAAUUAUUUCAAGAUAAUUCUACGGAUGUAGAAUGUGACGAAAGUGUCGUAAACAAGAUAAAUGAUCUCGAUUUAGGAGCAGAUACAUUUCAAAGAAAAUUGAAUGACAUACAUCUUGCAAGCAGUAAAGAGACACAAGAGCCGGGAAGCGGAAGUUUGGGGAUUUGUUCCUCUGAUGGAUCCAUCAAAUCAAUUCUGAAGAAUAGGGAAAAGGUUCAAUUGGAGGCAAUCACUUCACUCAAUACUCAUCAACCGGAAGUUAAAAUACAUCAAAAAUCGGAAGAGUGUGUAUUUGAUAAGCAGCUAAUUGGCGAUGUUAUUGAGAAAGAAGCGGCAGAUUCUAAGGGACUCGAUCCAUUACCAGUGGAAAAGUUCAAAGAUGUAAAGGCACCAAAAAAACGAAUUAGUAGAUUUAAGCAAAUGCGUUUAAACUCCUAGAAUUCGAAAAUUUAUAUCAUGUAUUUCCAUUAUAAACAUGUAUAUAGCUGAUGAAUAAAAAAUAAGUUAAAAUCUAUUUAUUAAAA